AAUAAUACUAGUGGAUUGAUUCAUCAUAAUAAUCAAGGGCUGCUGUUUAAAAUUUUAAAAUGAUAGAAGUGUCAUGUCUUUUAUUAGCAAUCUACUUGGCUUAUUAAAAUUGACAAAUACUAACGAUGAAUUUAAAUAAGAACUUUGAAGUCUGACAAAUUUUUAACAAUUACAGUAAAUUUUGAGUGUAUAGAAAUGAAUUUCGAGGUAAAAAUUAGAGCUAAACAUAAGAGAUAAUACUUUAAGGCUCCAAAAAAUACGAUAUAUAAAUUUAUUUUGAGCAAUUCUAAAAAAUAAAGCUAUACACAUCAUUAGAGCAAUAAUUCAAAUAUUUAGCAUUUCUUAUAUGUAAAACUACAAUGUUCAAGAAUUUAGAACAAGCUUUUUUGCUCUAAGUGA